CGCGUUGGAUGAGUCGCGGCAGCGCGCAGUAGAUGUGUAUGUUUUUUUAAUCGCAGGUUGGCUCGGUAAAACAGAAGGUGCAGCUGUUGUUUUCCCCUCUUCAGAUUAGUUGCUGCUUUGUCUGCCCUGCACUGUUUUCCUAUUUUGGUUUUGAUACGGAAUAAGAUUUGAUUUUACGGUUUUUAAGGAACACCGCCGAAGGCCAGGAAUACGUGUUGCUGACUGCAGAGCACGCAGGAGCGACGGCCAUACCUGACAAGUCUUUUUUGGGGAGCGUAUAUAGCUUCCUUGCCUCCUUUUGUGGCCAGCAGAUCUCAGUAAAAUGAACGGGCCUGUUGCAAAGACUCCAGCAAAUACACCUGUAACAAAGGAAGAACUCGUCACCAAUGGCCAUGGUGAAGGCAAUUCUAACCCUUUUGAGGAGUACAUGUGGAUGGAAAACGAGGAGGACUAUAACAGGCAGGUAGAGGAGGAGCUGUUAGAACAGGAGUUCCUUGAGCGCUGCUUUCAGGAAAUGCUUGAUGAAGAAGACCAGGACUGGUUCAUUCCAGCGCGGGAUCUACCUGCAGGGAUGGGACAGAUCCAGCAGCAGCUUAAUGGGCUGUCGGUCAGCGACACUGAAAAGCAGGAAAUUGUGCGUAAAAGCAGUUUAAAUCCUGAGGCAAAAGAAUUUGUACCUGGAGUCAAGUAUUAGAAGAUCUGGAAUUGUCACAAAAAUAAUAAAAACAAACAAACAAAAAAAAAUCGGGGAAGAAAAGGCAAGACACUGUCUGGUAUAACAUCAGGCACACUGCACACAACUUUUUUGAGUGGGAUUCUGGGCCACAAUGAAACUCCAGUUUUUUUUUUUUUUUUUUUUUUUCUUUCUUGUAUUGUCUCUUUUUGAUAUGGAGAAUGGGUGGGCAGUCUUCACACCAGUUUAAGAGAAUUAAGUAACAAUGCAGUUUAUGCACAGGCUACGGGACACUGAAGCUUUGUACGCACAGGCAAAAAAGUGAGUCUGCAGCAUAGAAACAAAUUCACACAGGGAAUAUGACAUUUUCAAGAUGGCUUCAUUUUUAUUUUCCUGGGGCAAGGCAGAGCCAAUGACCCGGGAAAUCUGGUCUGUUUUAUCUGAAACUCUAAAUAUCAUGAAACAUUGGAGGAAUGGCAUAAAACCUGUGGUUCAUUCAAACUUCUAAAAGAAGGUACCAUAAAGUGUAAUAAUAAAAGGCACCAAAAAUGAUA